GAAGCCGGACGCUUCAUCACCUCCAACGACGAGCACGGACACUUUCUAGUUACCUUGCUGGGUAGCUUCAUGUCACAUUUUCUGUAUCCAUGGCCCAGACACGACGACGCGUAUCCUACGUUAUAUUACCCCCUGACGGAUCUGUUCCUCGUCUGCAACUCCCCCCUCAUGGCGUAUCGCGGUUAGGUUGCACCGGCCCGUUGCUCAGACAGGCCAGUGGCCAUGGACAGGACCAAGUCAUACCGAAGCGUGGCAGACAUCCACGCCAUCGACUAGGUGUUGCCUCUCUGGCACUGGACACUUCAACUCAGCUUACCGGCCGGGGUAGUCCGGAAGGCGUUCUUUAUUCUGGUGGCAGAGAUGGAAUGGUAAUUUCAUGGGACUUAGGGAUGUCAAUGAAGAAAAGGAAGCUGAAGCAAGAUGUCGGUGAUUUCCGUCGCGGUUUCGGACGCUGGGAGCUCAUGACAGGCUGGGGCGACGAUAUUAUUGCAGAGGAAGCUGAGGACGCCGAUGACCGACCCACCAGCGACGGCGACGUGUUAGGAGAUGUCACCGCGUUUUCUAGUAGAAGACGGCGGCAGUCUCAGUCCUCUCUUCCCUAUGAGCAACAGUGGGAGACAGACUUGGAUUUAUUCAAGCCGGGACAGCCGAGCCAUUUCCGUCAGUCUGCUCAGUUGCACAUGGAUUGGAUCAACGAUAUUGCCCUGUGCAACCAUAACCAGACAGUGGUUUCCGCAUCCUCGGAUGGCACGAUCAAAGCAUGGAAUCCUCACUCCCCCACUGAUUCCGAGCCAUCGAGAAUUGGGGUCCACAGUGAUUAUGUACGUUGUCUAACUCAUUGUCGAGAACAGAACUGGGUAGCCUCUGGGUCUUUUGACCGUACAAUCAAGCUUUGGGACCUUGGGCGGUCGAACUCGGAUCCGCUGAUUACACUAAACCCUGCAGCUGCUGCGGCACCAAAGUCGUCUGUCUAUGCGAUUGCUGUGGAUCCGUAUGGCCAUUCUAUCGCAUCUGGGUCCCCAGAGCGUGUUGUUCGAUUAUGGGACCCCCGUUCUGGUAAGAGGACAGGAAAACUUGUUGGGCACACGGAUAACAUCCGAGCUAUUUUGAUAUCUGAGGAUUCGAGGUACCUGCUUACGGGCUCGGCUGAUGCGUCCGUCAAACUAUGGUCUUUAACGUCACAGAAGUGCCUACACACAUUCACGCACCACACCGAAUCCGUCUGGUCUCUUUUCUCUUCUCACCCCACGCUGGAGAUAUUUUAUUCCGGUGACCGAUCGGGACUUGUCUGUAAAGUUGACGUUGAGGACUGCUCAGAUGUUGCUGAAGGAGAAUGUAUUGUGCUUUAUCAAGAUCACGGAGAGCAAGGCAUGCCAUCUUCUGAGGGGAUCAAUAGCAUCGUAGCCAUGGAUGACAAUCUCCUGUGGACAGCCACAGGUAAUUCGAGUAUCCAUCGGUGGCGGGUACCCCAGAGACGUUCAAUUCGUGCGAACGCACUCUUAGUGGAUGUUGAACACGAUCGUCACGACAGCAGUCCAGUGGCUGCAGUGCGAAGGCAACGUCGUCAGAACAGUACUGAAGAGUCGGUCGAUACCGUCGGACCGGCGCCACCACCCCGUAAUUCCAUUACGCCCUCUAUUCAAUCUCUUAGUUCGGACAACUGGCUUCCGCAGCGUGACCGCGAGGAUGAAACGACCUUGUACGGUAUUCCUUUCGUGAGCCUGGUCAAGCUUGUUUCUGCAAGCGACCCCUUCACGUAUUCUUCCUCUACCCGAGGACGAGAUCCCGAGGUUGCAACGUUGUACUCCGCCGCUUCUGUCAUGUCUGUUCCACGGGCCAGUCUUCCGAUCCAUUCAGUUCUACGUGCCCAUACGAGUCCUAUUCGAACUUCGAAGACAGGGGAUACAGUCCAGCCUGUACCCACUGCACGUGCAAAGUACGAUGAACGAGAGAUAGCAACAGAUGCUGUGCCUCUUUAUAACACACCCGACAAUGUAAUUCAAGGCGAUCACGGGCUUGUCCGGUGUAUCAUACUCAAUGACCGGUUGCAUGCUCUAACUGUUGAUACGUCAGGCGAAGUAGCGGUUUGGGAUGUAGUAAGGUGUUUCUGCCGAGGAAAAUUUAGGCGGGAGGAUGUCGCUGCAAUUAGCCAUCAAGGCAGUUCAGUUGCGGGAAGCAGUGGCGGAGAGAAAGAGCGCAGCCCGCGAGAAGUGCUGGAUAGCGUUCGAGAGCGAAUUGAGGGCGAAGGCGUUGCGUUACCAUGGGCUACUGCUGAUACCAAAGCUGGUGUACUGGUGAUCAACAUGGAUGAGAAAUGUUUCGAGGCUGAGGUAUAUGCAGACGAAGUCGGAUUCGUUCAUGAUCGACAUUUUAAUGACGAGUCAAAAUUGAAUAUUGGGAAAUGGGUGCUGAGAAACCUAUUUCUUGGUUUCAUUCGAGAGGAGCAAAGAAUGCGUCGUCAUCGUGACCGCCGUGGAAGUGAAGACAGCCAUCAGUCCACAUCUCCUGAUCAUCACCGGCGAUCAACGAGACCAAGUGCGACUGUCAUUUCAUCACCACAUAUGAUCCCAGCAGUAUCCCCAACUAUAUCCUCGACGUAUUCAUCUCCUCUUCUCUCCCCACUGAUACCUCUCCACCCGAUUGGGAAAGAGAACAGCAUAGCUCCGUCUGUCAUACCCCAGUCUCCUGCGUUAGGUAACGAUGAUAUUACUCCUACACCCCGCAUUCUUAUGCACCAGCGGCUUCGAUCCACCACCAUCGACAGUAGCAUGCCUACUGGGUCUUCAAUGCCUAAAGAAGGGGACUACUUUUCCGUGCGAAGGCAAAUUUCCUCCCAAACAUCGGAUGAGUUGUCUGGAGACCCAGUGUCACAAAUCCCGAGUCCUGGCGGGUUCAUAGGCCUUUUCAAGAAUCUCGGCAAGAGCAAGAGGCCUGUCAGCGACGUUGGUCCUUCUACCACCCCCAUUCCUAGUGUUGUUGCAGCUACAAUCGAGACUCAGACCCCCUCGCCCGAGCAAAAGUCUUUGGGUGAACUCGUCGUAGAAGUCGUGAAAACACCGUUGCAGAAACUCCUUUCGGGGACUUGGUCACCUCCUUCAUCGACUGAAGCGCCACCACACAGUCUGCCGUCUAAUCUCAUCAUUUUGAUUUCAGAAGAAGGGUCCCCUAACUAUAAUGUUGUUUACCAUAGCACCGCUGCUUCCACUGCUCAUGAUACACAAGUCUUAGAGGAGGCAAUGCCCAUGUGGCUUAUCGAAUAUCUGCUCUUGAACAAAGCACCUGCACCUGUUCAAGUAAAAAUCAGCUUUGUUCUUUUACCUUAUCCCUCUAAGGGUCCCGACACAGAGCCUCUUCCAGAGCUCAUCAAUACUGCUCAAUCAAAGCUCACCGCCAACCGCUUCCUUCGUGUGCGCAAGCUCAUAAUUCAUGUGCAGGAAAAGCUGGACAAGAUAACUUCGAAUUCCAAUUCAAGAGCGGCAUCAAUACGGUCUUCGGUAGAGAGCACCGGACAUCACGAACGCACAAGGUCGCCACGACCUAGAGCAGAAGACCUGUACGAAAUUCUGUGCAACGAUAUUCUUCUGCCAUUAGACAUGAGCCUAGCAGCUGUGCGCUACUAUGUGUGGAAGCAGUCGGCAGAGCUGACGAUGCAUUAUCGGAGAAAACUGUCAUAGAACUCCUCCUUGCACAUUCUGAUCCAUUACAAUGUCGCGGAGGCAUUAGAUUGUACACUAAUUUAUUCAGCGUAGUUAACUUUAUGCAUACAGUACAGUAUAAGAGCACGUACAGUUCGGGACAUUAUAUUCCAUAGAACAAAGUUAUCGUAACAUCAAUUUGGAACGAAAUUUGACCGCUAAUUCCACCGAAACACUUU